CUCGACAAACAGCAGUGUAGUCGAACACACUAGUCCGUAUUGGCAGCGUGCUGAACCUAGGACGGAUGUCAGAGGAUGUCGUCAUCGAUCGACAUCCCACUCUGGAGACGCUCUAAGUACCAGCUCUCAACGCAUAUACCGUAAUGUCUCGCCCCGGGGGCAAAACGAGGGUUACCCAGAGGUCGCAUGCAUUACAUGUGUUCUAGGGUAAUUCCCUCUGCAGACGUUACAACACACGCGUCCUGUUCCAUGCAGUGCGGGAUGGAGCAGGGGACGACAAUCAAUGGUCAGAUGGGUGCAUUGCGCCAUGCUCCAUCUUCAAGAGCCUCUCACGGGCCAGCAUCAGGAGAAACGACGCUUCGUCUGAACUUCGCGCGGCUCGUGCCACAAUGCGAACUAGUCGACCGCUCUCAGGACACAGGCAGUGGACGUCGCGUGCGCUCGUGGCGGCAUGGGGCGCAUGGCUCGUGUCCGCCCUUUUGCUCCACGCGCGACUCUCUCAGCCCGCGGAGGCCCUUGUGCGCCCAUGGCUGGAGGUCGAGGCGGAGGGGCGCGCGGUUGGGAGAGCGCACUGGCGGAGAACCGCGGGCGCGCAAGAAGGGUUGGGGGAAAGGGGCGACGGGGAGAGAUUUUGGGGAGGUACGGUGAAUGGGGAGGAUGGAGCGGGAGGAGUGCGUGAUGCGCGCAAGGAGACGCAACGGCAGGCGGCGGAAGGGGGCGGCCUCCCGCACAGGGGCUUGCAGGAGGCGCAGAUAGGAGGCGAGGGGGGCGAUGGGGGCGAGGGAAGUGAAGGGGGCGAGGAGGGUUAUGGGGGCGAGGGGCGGAUUGAUCGCGGGGGAGAGAGGGAGGAGGGGGGCGGCAUUGGUGAUAGCAGCACAGGGGUGUCAGUGGCAGGCGACACGGGCUCACACUCCGAGGCGGAGAGCACGGCAGAGGAGGCGGGUGAGAAGGCGGAAGGUCGCGACAUGGAGGGCCAUGCGCCACGCAGCGGGUGGGCGGAGCGGGGGAGCGACGCGCAUAGAGAGGGCAGCAUGGAAGAGGGCGGGGGGAGGGAGGCGAGGGAGGGUGUGGAGGUGGCGGCAGCAGGGGGGGAAGGCGGCGCUACCCUGAGCAGUGGUGACGAGGUGCUGUUCCACGUGCCGCCUGACGUGCCCCUAGCGCCCCUUCCCGCUGCUGCUGGUGAUAUUGAGGAGGGGGAAGAGCAGCAGGGUGAGAGCGGCGCCGAGGCAUGGAGAGGAGAUGCGCGCGUGAGGGAGCAGGUGGCGUCCAAGCCGGCCGACCUGAGGCGGGUGGCGGUGUGUCUGGUGGGCGGCGCGCGCGACUUUGAGAUGACGGGCCCCUCCAUCGUGCAGCGCCUGCUGCUGCCGCUGCUGCCGCACCGCCCUGUGCUCUUCCUGCACGCGCCUCUGGACGAGGCGUCCUUCAAGCUCUGGGCGCUGCUGUGGGCGGCGCAGCGCGGCGUGGCAGUGGGCGGCGUGCGCGUGUUCCCCAGCACGUGGGUCAACGAGAGCGCGCUGCCCAUGGGGGUUGUGGAGGACCCCUCCUCGCCACACGGCACACAGGGCAUGCUGCAGUACUUCCGCCUGGUGGAGGGGUGCAUUGCUCUCAUCCGCGGCUACGAGCGCCGCCACGUCAUGGCGUUCGACUGGGUGCUGCGCACGCGCGUGGACACUUUCUGGCACGGCGCGCUGCCGCCGCUCUCCGCGUUCCCCCUGCAUGCCUACACCAUCCCCUUCGGCUCCGACUGCUUCGGCCUCAACGACCGCUUUGGCCUCGGCACGUGGCAGACUGCGCUGCCCGCGCUGUCGCGCCUGGCCAUGCUGCCCGCCAUCGCUGUGCGCGGAGCCGUCGCGCGCUUCUCCAUGGCGGGGCUAGGCGGGCUGGGGGACAACCCUGGCAACACACAUGCCGUCCCCGUGGAGGUGCCCACGGGUCUCAACUCAGAGCAGGCGUUUAAAGCGCAGCUGGCGGUGGCAGGUGUGCCUGUGGCGCGGGCGGACCUGUCGUUCUGUGUGGUGAGCCGCCGCGUGUACCGCCACCACUCCAUGCCCGUGCUCUCGCUCAACGCCUCCACGCCGCUCAACGGCGCCAAGUGCCGGCCCUGCAAGCCCAAGAUGGAGGGCGCGCUGGCUAAUGAGCGCAUCCGCAAGUGGUACUUGGAGGGCUCACGCUUUGGCCCGCACCGCUCCCCUGGGUUCGCCAAGCGCACGGGCUUUGCGCUGUGCGACGCCGCCAAGCCCUGGGUUAGCCCCGUGGCUGACAACCUGUUUGAUACGGCGACGGGGCCGCAGCUGGCGAGGGAGCGGCAGUCCAUCAUGCACGUCAGCCUGAGGACGUGCGCACGCAACUUCCGACAGUUGCGGCGCCAUGCGGAGGAGUGGCAGGCGGCAGCAGCGGCGGUGGUGUGCUUCCGCUCACAGCUGGGGCAGCUGCACCUGCUGGGGCCGCAUGGCGCGUCCUUCUACACGGCGCUGGAGGGGGUCAACAGCACAAGCCGUGUCGUCUCAACGACCCCGCGGGCUGCCCAGGCAAAAGGCACGUGGGAGUGGACAAUGCGCAGGAAAACUCCUCACCUCGGGGUCACCGCUCUCUCUGCUGCCUCUGCGCAUGCAUCCUCCACUGCUCACACGCUCAAGCUCUCUCUCACGGGGGCUGACCUGCCGCUCGUCUCGGACUGGCAGCAGCACAACUCUCCCUUCCCUGCCUGCCAGUUGCUGCUUGCCUUCCCAGAUGAACUUGCUCUAUCUCACCGCAACGCCACAAUCACCACUCUGCAGCAACUUGGGUUCCAUCUCAUGGCUUGCAUUCAAGAGCCUCGUGUUACAGUAGAACGAUGUUCAUUCUUCUCUGUAAAACACUGUGCGGAGCUCCUGGGUAGGGGGCAGGAGGCAAGAGUUGUCAAUUGACUGUCUUAUUUUCAAGGACGGGCACAACCCAAUAAAAAAACGUGCUCUCA